AUGUGUCGUCAAGUCAUCCGCGUUGCCUCGUGCUGGCUCUGUAACUCUAGACUCGAACCCUUUGGUCGAUUCUUCCCUUGCGGCAAUGUGAUCACUGCAGGGAAAAAGGGCUGCGACAUUUUGGAUCUGGAGGAAAACGUCGGCCCUGGGGAUUUGCUAUGUCGUAUGUGCCUUAGGAUCACUGAUGGGGAAAACAAGCUCAACGAGAACCAGAAACUACCUGGAUCCCCCAAGAUGGCUGGAAGACGAACAGGAUAA